AUGCAGCCUCCAGGCGAGUCUUGCCGUCGUGAGUGCAAGGGUCCCCCCACCCGAAUGCAUAUUACGUGCGUCACCGCACGCAUGGUAUCGAAUCCUUAUCUGGGUUCCAUCCAUAAUACUAAGCCGAUUAACUCGGUAGAUCAAUUCCCGUCGGCAACGUAUUCAUAUUUGAUAUUUUGCUUCUCCAAGUACAGGAUGAAUGCGCAAGUAUCAUUUCUAGACGGCGAGCUCAGCCUAAUUCAUAUUCCACUCAACCUCUACCCUACACUUCUUCAACCAAUACUUCAAAUUCUUCUACCCCAAAAGGAGUCUAUUCUUCAGCAUGAAGAUGAUCAGGGAAAUGGCAGUCCAGUCGCGAGCAGUUCGAGCAGAAGCUGGUCUCAACUUGGCUCGCGUGAUCAGCGGCCAUUCCUCAACGUCAGCAUAACACCCAUCGAGUGCUCCGUCGUGUGCCAGACGACAUGGGCAAACAGUGUUUUCGAGCCGGCUCUCCAAAAACUCGGCCAGGCUGCUAGGGAGAGGGUUUCCAUUUCAAAGGAAUCGUAUGUGGCGCUGUGCGUUAUAAGUGCCGGCAUGGAUGCUGGGUCCCGAGUCGUCGACCUGUCUUCGCCAUUGGCCCUUGCGGGGAUUUCCAUCUUUUUUAUCACGACGUACUAUUCCGACUUUAUCUUGGUGCCGAGCAAGGAUAAAAAGAACGUCGUGCAAGCCCUCCUGGCUAGGGGGUUUGAGUUUACCGACAAUGGCGACUCGUCCUCCAUGAUGUCACUGCCGCGGUCUGGACUGGGCUCGUACCUGAACUCGCACGUCAACAGUGGUGCCGGCAGCACGAUGGUAAGCAGGAGAGGAAGUUACAACGAGCAUGAUAAUGCCACCCCGGACUCGCCGUUACCUUCCAACGCCGACGAACUCCAGGAGCGCACAUUCGCUCUGCUCAAAAAGCAGAGUGUGCAGCCGACAGUGGACACCAGUCUGAGAUUGGUGCAUUGCUCCGGGCACGAGACUUCGUCGCACCGCCUGGAUGGGGAGAUAUCGGCUGCAUCCCCGACAGCGCACCUCAACCGCCCAUCGCUUAGUAGGAUGAACACGGGCAAUGGAUUCAGCAAUGGGCACUCCCAUCGGACAUGGGUCGACACGGUCGAUACACGCCUGUACACGUGUCUUGUGGCGGCACUGGCUACUCAACCAAAGUUCCUGUCCGUCACGUUGGCACAGGAUGAUCCGCCUUCUCUGCUUCUUGACAAGGCGCUGGUCCCCAUGUUUGGCGAGUCGCUGAUAGGAGAGGCAGGAGGGGAACUCGCGCCGAUAUUUUUGGACUUGGCUACAUUGCCCUUUGAGGCAACAGGAAUUGUUUCGGGAGUAGCAGGGAGGCUGGCCCGAGAGAUGUCUGACGAGGGCCCCGAAUUGUCUUAUUUAUCGACAGCGAGGGCAGGCGCAGUAAUACUGUCGCGGGAGCAGUCGGCCAAAGCCAUUGAGAUAUUGGGUCCUCUGUUGUCGGGAGAUACUUGA